AACGAAAUCUCCCAACCCCACGUCCUUAACUCAAACACCUCUGCCUUAUAUAUUCUUCGCUCCAUAUUCGGCACUGAAAUAAUCUGUAAUCAAGCUCCUCUUAGCUGGCUCACUAUACCAGCUCGUGCACCCUACUUCUUUAUUACCAAAGAAUGAAGAUUACUUGUCUAUCAUUCUUCUAAUUUUUUUGUUCUUUCAUUAUACUUAGAUGAAGAAAAUAAAAGAGCUGAGCCAAUGUGGCUUCUGUAUCAUUUUCCUCAGUCUUCUUAUACUCAUAGCUUGUGCCACUGCACAAACUGCAGAAACAGCACCAACACCACCAUAUUCAUUUGACAGAAAUAUCAAAAUCAAUCCACCUAUGGCUAUAAUUCUUGUUACACUUAUCAGUGUCUUUUUUGCUAUGGGAAUUGUUUCAGUUUACGUACGUCAAUGCGCCGAGCGCCGCUUUGCCAACGACUUCGUACACUUAGAUGAAAAUUCUCGCCGUGGGGCAGGCCGUGGUAUAGACCCAAAUGUCAUUGACUCUUUUCCUAUGUUCCUUUACUCUGAUAUUAAGGAUCUCAAAAUUGGUAAAUCAGUAUUAGAAUGUGCAGUUUGCUUAAAUGAGUUUGAAGAUGAUGAAACUCUUCGACUUCUUCCUAAAUGCUGCCACGUGUUUCACCCUGAUUGUAUUGACGCUUGGCUGAUUACCCACAUCACUUGUCCUGUUUGUCGUGCUAAUUUACUCCCCAAACCCGGUGAUGAGAAUAUCACAGUUCUUGGUCAUUACACAAUAAAUUCCGAGUCACCCGACCCGGAAUUUAGUAACCCGGUUCGUGAAGUAAAUGACUCGGUGAUUGAUAUAAAUGUUGCAUCUCCUGAAAUAAUAAACAUAGUACAAACGCCUGUACACAAUCGUCCACCAAGGUCAACGCCAAAACGAGAGAAAAUUGUAGGAAAAUUUCCGAGGUCUCACUCCACCGGUCACUCACUGAUUCAACCCGGUCAGGAUUGUGAACGGUUUACGUUAAGAUUACCAGAGGAGGUUCGUAACAAGUUGAUCAACUCCGGUUUGAGCCGGGAACAAGGUAACCCCUUGUUUCCAAGAGAAAGAAGUGUGAGAAAUGGGUACAGAAGUAGUAGUGUGGGAACCGGUUCAGCACCGAUUAAUCAUGGUAAUUAUGAGCGGUUUAAUGAGGAAGGCCGGGAGGACCGGUGGGGGUUUAUGAAUGUGCCUCCGUUCUUUUCGAGAGGCGGUUCAACCCGGUCGUCUAAGGAUAGUGGAGGAGCAGGUGAUGAUUUAAUGGCGGUUAACAAGAAUUUGUUUAAGACUGUUAAGUUUCCGUUUGAUCGCAUUUUUGAGAAAGAUAGCACUGGUGAAAGAUCGUUUAAUAAACUUUAGGUUAGGUAGUUCAAGCAAUUGAGAUACUUAUAUAUAUGAUAAUUAUUUUUAAACCUUAAUUUUGUUCUACUAAUUUGUAUAUACUCACAUUUUUUUUUUAUCAUGAUAUUAUCUUCUUAUCAUUUCAAUUUAUGACAGGAGAAAAGAAUGAAUAUAAAGAAGUUUAAUUGCUA